GAAGAGUUAACUGCCCGGUUUCUGUCCCUCCCCGCCGUCCGGUCCUUUUCUGCCUCUCCUCCCCCUCUCUUCCCUCUCAACACUUACCUUCCUUUCCUUUCCUCUUUCUCUCUCUCACCUACCUAGAAUCCUACUACAUACUACUACAUACCUCCCGACUCAUGCUCUGACUCGCAAGCGCCUUUCCUCCUUCCGUCCUCCCUCCCCCUCAGGGUCGUUCACCACCACCGCCAACGCCAAGCACCCCGUGGUUUGCUUAAGGUGUCUGACCCGAGGGAUUUGCAUCUGCCAUCUAGACCCCCCUCCCGCGACCUCUCCCGCCGGCAUCGCCACGCCUCGCGCCACCGAUAUCCUCCGCUUUCUUCCCCACAGCGACAAAGACUCCCAGACAACCCCAACCCGCUCCUGCAGAACAAAGCAUAAAGAGCCUGCGUGCUUUCGUUCGAUGGUUUAUCCGGAUACCACGCAACCGACCGACCGGUCAGGAUCGGCCCAUCCCUCCCAGUUACACGCCGCUAGCAAAACCGCGGCCUCGGGUAACCAUGAACUUUGCGCAAUCUCCUCCAUAGUCCCUGGCAAGGGAAGCCCCGAUGCCCUACCCCUAUAUACCAGGCGGUCCCCGCCCAGCCCUCUGCACGAUCCGUCACUGCAGCACGAAUCGCACCCGCAUCACCCGUUGCCGUCGCUUCAUGUUCGCACCGAUAUGCAGACCUCCAGUCAGAUGAGCCCUCCCCGGGAGGCGGAUUCCUCGGUCCGCCAAAGCUUCUCGUCCAGCAGCCUGCCCCGUCGCACCCCUAGCCUGCGGGGUCUGUUCGUCGGCGCCCCCGUCAGCGGAGGCUCCCUGUCUCCGGCGUCUCUCAUGUCCUCCCCCCAACUUAUGGCCAUGGGCGAUAUCACGCCUCUGCCGUCGCCGAUCGGCGGGGCAUCCUCCUGGAGGCUUCCCCGGCGCAACUCACAGUCCUUAUCUAGGACCCCAUCCACCGCCUCCAGAAGCGGCUCCAGCCUCGGUCUGCGGCUCAGCGACUCGUCGCAAAUGUUCAGCGCCUGCGAAUCCCGCCCACGCAGCAAACAGUACAUGAUCUCGGAUACGCUAUCAGAAACACCGAUCGAGUCCCCGACCAAGCCUUGCCAGGCGUCUGGCGCCAAACAUGCUCGCAACCGCAGCUUAAGCGAAUACGUUCCUCCGAGUAGGGCCAUCCCUGUGAAACCGCGCCCGAUCGCGGUGUCGGGAACAGGCGCGCCAUCUGGGAUCACUUCCUCCUCCAGCACCGACUCGAGCACAAACAACCUCCAUCGCGAGCAGUAUCUGGCCAUUCACCGGGGGAUUGCGUUGCCGACGGUGCGCCCUCCGACUCCACCUCGUAGCAACCGCAGUGGAUUCGACGAGAGCGACAACGAACCCGUCAUCACACCCUCAACAGGUGGCCCCGACGAGAUGUACUCUGUGCGCUCUAUCCGGACGCAGCAGCGUCGCAAAUACCGCAAGCUGCGCCAACUCGGUCAAGGAACGUUCAGUCAGGUCUCAUUGGCUGCGCGCGUGGAGAUGCGAGACGUUGAAGACUAUAACCACACCUCUAGUCUGCAAGACGUGACCCUGACCCAGAAGCUCGUGGCAGUCAAGAUCAUCGAGUAUGGACCGGCUGGUGGAGCGGAUGAGGAGCGCUUGGAGGUCUCCCUCAAGCGCGAGGUGGAUAUCCUCAAAUCGGUCAACCACCCGUCCCUGGUGCAACUGAAGGCAUUCGGGAGUGACGAGAAGCGUGCGCUGUUGGUUCUGGACUACUGUCCUGGUGGCGACCUGUUCGACGUCGCCUCAUCAAGUCCCCGUCCGAUGAGCCCGGAAAUCAUCCGCCGCAUGUUCGCCGAACUUGUGGCGGCUGUGCGCUAUCUUCACGAGCAUUAUAUCGUUCACCGCGAUAUCAAACUCGAGAGUGAGUACGCCUGCCUAUUCCCGUAACCCAGACUGACACAGGUUCAGAUGUGCUGGUGAAUCUCCCCGUGCAGGCGAUGGAAAAAAUCUCAGAUUGGCGCACAUACGACCGCGCGGUCAUCACGCUUAGCGACCUCGGGUUGUCCCGACGAAUACCCGAACCGCCGGAC